AUUGUGGGCAGAGAGGAGGCUGUGGAGGAGCCAACAGAGCAGCAGCGUGUCUAUCUCCACCAACAUGAAACAUGGAUGAGGAGGUGGCGGAAAGUUGGGAAGAAGCUGUUGAUAACGGGGAAAUGGAAAAGCGGUUAGAGGAGAAGCUAAAAAUCAGCCAGAGAGAAAAAGAGUCAAGUAACCACCUUUCUUCCCGCUCGCCAAUGAGGACGGCCAUGGUCAUCCAGGACGAAUCUCUACCUUCAGCACCUCCUCCACAGAUCCGCAUCUUGAAGCGGCCAACCAAUAACGGCUCGCUGGGCUCGCCCUUGAGCCAGAACCGGCCCACUCCCCAGGUAAAGUCCUUGGCUCAGCGGGAGGCCGAGUACGCCGAAGCCAGGAAGAGGAUUUUGGGGAGCGCCUGCCCAGAGGAGACAGCUCAGGACAAGAACAGCAUUGAAAGGCCCGCUCGCAACAGCUCUACGUCACCUUCAGACGGGGACAGCAGGUCCAGCAACCACACAGUCAGACAGCCAAACAGUCCCGACGGCACCCGAGGCUUCCGACAGCACAGAUAAGUCGGACCUGGUCGGGCCAAACCAACACUAAGCUCCAGACCUCCUUCCAGACUCCAGAAGGAAGUAAUCUGAUCGGGCCUCUGCUCUCCCACCGUGACACUGUGACUAUGUGGACUCACUGUGAUGAUCCCUUUAACAGGAAAACGCCUCACUCAGCCUCUAAGCCCAGCCCACCACCCGCCCGUCAAGCAGGUGGAAGCAAAGACUAGCAAAGAGGAGGAGUGUGGGGGCCAUAGCAAAACAAGACCUCCCCCCAGCAAUAAUAGUCAAGACGUCACUUUUUUUUAUUUGUGCUUUUUAACCUUUUUUUUUUAGACUUCUACGAGGGAAGCUGUUAUUUGAGAUGAAUGAACUCCAGGGGCAGUGUUUUGUUGUGAGUCCACUUGAUGACCUACGAGGACACCUUUCAACUAUUUGGUUUGUUAGCGUCCUUCAUCAGCAAAUAAUGGGGUGGUUGGAACUGGAACUAAUCAGUGUUUCAACAGUCACUUAUAUUGCAAACAUUGAUACCAAAUCAAAGGAGAAGGUGGGCCGUGCACCCUCUGAAUCAUGUACUACUUGUACAAGCUGACCAACUGCAGCCUUUGCUGCAACGCAAGGUUAGAUUGUUUUGAAGGUGCACUCGUGAGCCCUGCCUGUACUGUUUAAAUCUGCAAAACAGCCAUCGUUGUCGCUAAGCCAGCACAUUUGUUGCUUUUAACUUAGGUUAUUUUCUUUUGACUUCCAUUAAUGUCCUUGGACUAUCAAGUGUCUCCACUGCCUUUUUAAACUUACUUGACAGCAAUGUCAGCAGUAUUUUUAAUCAAAGAACAAAGUUUACCCCUCCAAGUUAUUUUGUACAUAAGGACUUUCUUCAUUGAUAUUCAAAGCUUUUAUGGUGUGAAUUUUCCAGCUAUGCUUUUAGCGUCUCCAGAUGGACAGAAUGAACUGGGAAUGUGAUUGUAUUCUUAUUCUUGCUCCCUAAACACAGCACAGGAGCAUUUACGCGUCCUAGUAUGAACUCAAAUCCAACAUCGCCGCCGCUGUCGGAAAUGUUUACGUCACUCCUUGUGCAAUACUUUACUGCUGGAAUUAAGAAAGGACAAGAAGUCAGUCAAGGAAUGUUGUGUCCAUUUCACCAUCCUACCUUUUUGACGACAGAUUUCAAGAAAGCCAUAUGAGUUAGUUCUGUGGUAUACAGGAUGUACGCACCUGUAUUGCUUAUUUCCUUCCUGGCGCUGAAAUAUAAGGCUUGCAGGACUCAAACUGCCUAAGAUUUAAUAAAAAUGAUUUGCUGAAAUAAAAAUUGUGAAUAUGAAUGUGUGUAUGAAUCGCUCAGCCUUCCACGGCAUACCCCUGAUUAAGGGUAGGAAAGAAGGGGCUGGGUUCAAAACUUCUUUAGGGUUGUCAGGUGGGUGCCCUCCUUCAUUGGUGUUUUCAUGAUAGGCCCAUGACACCUCCAGAGAGUUCAUCAGCAACACCUGGCAUCCCAGGUGUGUCCCCCUCUGCUUUGAGCCCAGCAAGGGUCCUUGCGCUUGAUCCAUAGCCACUGGCUGCUUCUUUCGGUCACUUCGGAGACUGAUCUUAUUGUCUGUCGCAGAGCCAAGGUCUUUCAUAAGCCUGAUGGUAGAGGAAGCCACAAAACCUCUGCAUCAGGGGUGUCCAAAGUGCGGCCUGGGGGCCCGCCACUGCACUAUUCUAAAAGUACGAUUAAGCGAUACAUUUUUUUUAAAAACAACAAAAAUUGAAAAAAAUCCAGUAAUUUUACAAGAAUAACAAAAAAAUAUUAAGGGAGUAAAGUCAUUAUUUUAACUGAAGAAAAUAGCAUAAAGUUGAAAUAUUAUAGGAAAAAAGUUGUAGUAUAAGAAACAAACCAAACAAAGAAUUAAGUUGAAAUUUUAGGAACAUCAGGUUGGGUGAAUGCAAUAAUGUUAUGAUAAAGUCUAAAUAUUAUGAGAAUAAGCCAUACUAGUAUGAGAAAAAAACGUAAAAGAACGUUGAAAUAUUUGUAAAAAAAAAAAAAGUAAUGUAAGGAGAAACAGUUCAUAAUAUUAAUAAUAGUAUGCUUUGUCACUGAUAAAAUGAAUAUAUUUUAUAUGUGUAAAUAUAUAUAUAUAUACACACACACAUACACAUACAUGAUAUUAAAUAUUUUGUUUGGGAUGGUUUAAAAAAGAAAAAAUAAAAAAGUCAAACCGGCCCCCGCAUCUUUUGAUUUUUCAGUAUGCGGCCCUUAAUCUAAAUAGUUUGGACACCCCUGCUCUGCAUCCUUCAGCUGCAUGGACCUUGGCCUUCCAUCCUUGUUGUGCAUCUGCUGCCAGAUCUGUAUAGCACAGUUCCUUUCGUUCGUAAGCCUCUUCAGUGGAAUCCUCCAAUGGGACCGUGAGCUCUAUGAUGUAGACCACCUUUAGUGAAGGGGACCAUAGCACCAUGUCUGGCAUGAGGGUGGUUGCAAUCUA